UGGGUGUAAAUAUGGUGAUGGCAUUGGGGUUAAUGUGACUGGUGGUGACUGCUUGGUGACAAGGAAUUGGCUCUGUGGUGGAAACUAGAGUUGGGAGAGAGAGAGUAUUGGCAAUAGAGGAUUCUUUUGGAUAUGAGCCUUUAAAAGAUAUGCACUUUUCAUCCUUCUUGAAGGAUAACUUUGGUAAUAAGAUUGGCACAGGGGGUGAGAUUUUAUAUCUCUUCGUUUGUAAAUAAGGACUGCUCUACAGAUUCUCAAUUUCCUGUUGGAGAAAACUACCUUAUGCAAGAUAUGGGCAACGGAGAUUAUGAAUAUGUUUACCAACCCCAAGAAGAAGGAGAGCUUAAAUUUACAAUCUUACAGAUGCACCAAGGUAACAUCAAGGCUGAAUACUCCAACAGUUUGGAUCCUUCUGAGGUUUACGGAGUUAGCAAUAUGACAUCGAUGAGUUACAACUGGGGUAGUGGUCCUCUUUGGGGGAGCAAAUUAAAUAAUGUUGCAAUAACCAUGGAAGUUUAUUUGAAGAUCCCAGCUACUGACAACUAUACUCUCAAAGUCAAUGUUGAUGACGUACUUACUCUGUACCUCGAUAAUGACAUGCUAUUUACUACUCAAUACCCAACUGUAACAACAUGGACACCUUUGAGGUUAGAAGGAAAUCGUUUGUAUUAUUUAAAGAUGAUUUUUCAAGAGAAUGUAGGGCCUGCUCAAUUUUCAGUCAAGUGGUCUUCAAGUACAAUAUCUGAACAGGUUAUCAGCAGCAAUUUACUCUUAUAUCCAGCUGUCAUACAAGAAAUACAAGGCACUAUCAAAUGACUAGAUGGAUAUCUCUUCGAUUCUUUUCAAGGCUGUCUUCAUAUUUGAGGAGACGGGAUAAGAACCUCUGAAGAAGCAUGAGACGAUAAAAAUCAUGAGGAUGGAGAUGGAUGAGCUAAAGACUGAAGCAUUAUAGAGCAGAACUAUACAUGUAAAUUUUCACAAUCUGAGCAAAGAGAUAUCUGAAAACAUCAAGAAAGAGUUUCUGAUAAAAUACAGGAGAUAAAUACUGUAACAACCUCAAUCAACUGUAUUAUUGGAAUUUGAGUUGUUUCAAACUUAAUAUCUUCCUUAUUCUUCACUGGUUCAUCUCAGUCAAUGUUUAGUCCAAUAAAUCUGUUGCAAUUGAUGUUUUUAUUCCCUCUCCUUAGAGUUUAUUUACCAGUGACUGUAUUACAAUUUUAUGAAGAGCUUGAGUGGUCAUCAUUUUCUUUCGGAUUUCUCACUCUGCAAGAUCGCCCAUUCCUAAAGGAUGCUCUCACUCAAUUCAGUGAAAGUGAGACCGACGAUAUCCUUAACCUUGUUGGGAUAUCCUACAAGUCAUCUCUACUAAACCUUUUAUCACCUAUAUCCACUUUUCUUAUGCUGCUGAUUCCUCAUAUCCUGAUCAUUAGCCUUUACUGUUGAUGAAGAAGCACUAAAAGAUGUGAAAAAGUUCAGAAGAUCAUCAAGAAGUUGUAUUAUUUCCUCACAUUUAAACUCUACAUCAGAAGUGGGAUUCAGUUGAUAAUAUUUGCUUCGAUUUCUACUUUAACUGAAGUACAAAGGUUUGAUUAUUCUUGAACAGUCACAGUUGUCUCACUCCUGCUGGCCUUCAUCUUCUUGUUUUGCAUCUUAGCCCUAAUCCUCACUAAUGCAUUGGUAUGGCUGGCAGAGAGAAAUAAGGAUGAAGAUAGUGGCACUCUUUAUUUAGCAGAGUAUUUUAGUGGCUUAUCUCACACAAAUAUGGCUAAACUCUAUACUCUAGCUGAUUUGAUUAGGAAAUUUUCAAUUUUGUUAACCUUGAUCUUUCUGAAAGAAUGGAAUAUUUUUGUGAGAGUAGGAGUGAUAUGAGCUAUACAGAGCUUAUUUACGAUAUAUUUGAUCCUCUUCCGACCCUUUGAACUAACAAGGGAUAACCUUAAAGAAUUAUUGAUUGAAAUUAUGAUUUUUAUUUAUACUGUUUUAUUCAUAUUCAUGGCAAAGAAACAAAGUUGGGAACAAAUUAUUGCAAAACUGUACGUUUAUUUUGUCGUGGCUAAUAUUGCCAUUACGACAAUAAUCAGUGCAUUUUGUCUUUGCAAAGAUUUUAUCCAGAAAUUAAAAUUCCCUAAAAGAGCUGAAAAUAAAGUUACAAAUAUUGACCUGCCAAAGAAAACACAAAAAGUAGCUGAUGAGAGUCGUAUUUCAAAGAUUUCAAAUGACAAAUUUCUUAGACAGAACCAAUCAAGCAAAUUUUACAGACAAUCAAAUUUAUACAAGAUUAGAAAUGAAAUAAACUCAAUUCAGCCUCAUCUCAACUCAGAGUAAAGUUUUUCUGUAUCGGACUGUGAUUGAGAACCAACAGAUUUCCAUAUAACAGUGACAAAAUAUACAAACUUGGUUCUAAAAAUAAGAAUGCAGCAGUCACCACCAGUCAUGAUACACUAAGUUCCUUCCUAAAUGUACCUGUCUAACCCCAUAUAUCAUUCAAACUUCCAGCAUUCCU